UUCAGUGGUGCGGAAAGACUUAAGGUGAAUGGAUUGGAGAAAUGGUUUCAAGCUGGCAAAGCUCAGGUAAUCCUGUUGUAUUAAACUAAUGUCAUUUCUCCUAACUUACAAAAAGAACAGUUUUUGUUUUCCACAAGAAGUUGACUAAAAUUGCGUUUUUUCUACGGCUUACCUUUUUGUUUUUAUUGAAAUUAGAACGAGGAAGACAAAUUGGGGUACCGCGUAUCUGUGGCCGAUGACGCUUUAUUGGGUAAUGUCUUGAUUUCUAGUUUGUGACGUCUACAUUUUUUUUUGUUUGGUUGCUUUUUUGAUUAUAAGACAUUUAUGUUAAUUAUCAUAGCCAAGAAUCUCAUUUACAAGGGAAUUUUACCCUCCCUGAAUUUUUGUGAAGAAACACUCCAGCCCAAAGGAAAGUUGUUCUACAUAGUAAAAAUUUUCAUUACUUUUCCAAGUUCUGCUUCCACCGACGUUUACCUGGAUUAACGAAGGGGCGUUUUUAUCUACGUGAAAAACUUACAUUGCCAACGGACUGUUUUUAACAGAUUCUUCAUCACUCAAGCAUGGUAAAGUUUUACCUGAUGACCUUUCUCUUAUUGCUUGUGACCUUGUUUCCUGCUGGAAACGGUUUGGACGAGUGCUACCUCUAGAGGAACGACAGUUAGAGCAGAUUGAGGCAGAUGAACAGAAACAGAUUGAAAAGAGCUAUGGUAUGUGCGGUGGGGUUUGAAUGAUGUGUUUAUUGCAAGAUUGCUUAAAAGAUGAAUAAUCUGCAUGACCACCUUGCCUUUGGUCUAAAGACAUUGAAUUUGAAGUCAACGUAUGCUUUCACAUAAAUUUAGGAAUCAAGUGUACGCGUAUUGCAGUACACUGAGAAGAAUAUGAAUAAAGCUGAGACACGCCGCUUAAGAAAACACAGUUUGGUAUUUGGAGAGGCCAAAGGGGCCUAGACGUGACGUUAUCAUACAUAAGCGAAUGCCUGGGGUUCGAGUAUGUUUGUGUUGUAUUUUUUCUCCUGUUUUUCGUGUAUUAAAAUGAAGGUUACUUGAUCCCCCUUCAUGAUCAGGCGUGCUAAAGAAAUGGUUAGAGAUUUCUGGAGACAAGGCAGACAAGGCCACUUAUCAGUGUCUGUACGCAGCGUUCAAAGAAGUGGAUCGAGCAGAUCUUGCUGCAAAGUACUGUGACAAGCACAGCAAUCCCUCGAAAGGUAAGUGUCGGUCUCUUGCGUAGUAAAAAACUCAACGAGUUUCGACUCCCGCCCGGCGUAGUUAAUCGACCUCAAUCGAACUCCAAUCGUUCGAUUAACUUCGAUUGGGUUCGGCAAUCGAAUCAAAUCGAACUCACCCCAAAAUUUUGCCAAUCGAACACCAUUGAAAGUUCGGAAAUCGAACAGUUAAACAAUCAAACAUAAAACCAGUUUCAUCUGGCCGGGUUUCAAACAAGGCGUUGCGUUCUAACACGUUAUGUAUUCGCUUCGAUUUCGCACACGGCGGUGAUGUCCCAGGAAAGACGUUUUGCAUGGUAUUACUGUGCUGUUCAUGUUUCCCAGUCUUAAUUGUGAAUUUAUCGAUUUUGAAUCACUUUAACAAUAACGAUUUUAGUUAAUUUCGGGUUAAUUGAAAUAUUUCUGUUUUCAAACUGCUUAUACAUACCAGAAGGAGAUCCUUCCGAUUCAAUUGAAACUGGAUGCGUUUUGUCUUUCUGCCGAACAAAAUCGAACUUAACGCGUCGAUUGAAUUCGAUUGGUUCGAUUGAGUUCGGUAAUCGAACUCACCGAAAAGUUCCAGUUCGAUUAUGCUCGAUUAUACCGAACCAAUCGAACGACAAUCCGACCGAUUGGGUUCGAAUGGGUUCGAUUGAUUUUGGUUCGGUUUCGUUCGAUUAGCUACGCCUGGCUCCCGCUAACUCGGACCCUCGCUAAUUGGAACCUCGCACUAACUCCAAGCAUCCUCUCUUGUUCCAACUAAAAUCGAUUUCCCCUGGAUUUCUGUCAGACAUUUACCGUAAUUUUACCUUCAAUAACUCGAACUUCUUACUAACUUGAAGCUAUUUCUUUCCCUUUAGAUGAAUUUUGAUAUAAUUUUACCCUAGGUAACUCGAACCAUAGUUUCCACGCGCGUGACAGUUCAAAACAAACAUAGCCUGUUUCAAGAGUUCAGAUAGUGGGGAAGUAGCCUAAAUUUCAGACAUUACUUCGAGUCGCUAAUUCCCUCAGUUACUGAGGCCUGGUUCAGUCGCCGUACUUUUCAUGUCAAACCUAACUGAAUAAGUUCGACUUUGGAGCGACACUCGCACGACAUCUGAUUCAGACGGCGCACCGUGUGUUGAGCCUAACUAAAGGUCGACAAAAGUUCGACAGACUCUGUCGAACUUUUGCCGUACCAAACUGAUUCAGACGCCGCUAUUUUUCCGUAUUUAAUUCAUCAGUUAGGUUCGGCACAUGAGUGGAGUGGCGUCUCAUUGAGGUAGUUAGCGACUCGAAGUAAUGUCUGAAAUCCAGGCUUAAGUGCAGGGGGAGGACGCAAAGAAAUCUGAGAAGGAUUACGCUCUUUUUUUAUAAGAAUAUAUUUUCUAAUAACAUCGAGGCUAAAAUUUGCGAAAUUUUAAGAACAUUUUAAGAAUAAACCCCAGUCUGAGAUUUUGAAAAGGAUAUAAUUCUGUGUGCUGAAAGCCUGUACUAAAUACAUUACAAUUAUGUGUUUUUACCUAUUCCUUUAUCUGAAAGACAAAAGUAACCAAAAAACGAAAAAUCCUGCACUAACUAUAAUUGAUAUCACAAUAUAUUCUUAAACGGAAAUGUCUUAAGCUAUAGUUUAAGAAUAAUACAAGAACAUUUUCAGCCUAAAAACGGCAGAAAAAUACGAAUAUUCAGCAAGGGCUGGAAAAACAACAUUCUUAUAAAAAUGAGAGAGCAACUACCCGUUUUUUUUUCUUCCGCUCACUAUUUCGCGCCACUGCUACACUAUGUGAACGUCUGAUAGAGAUUAAAACAAGCAGUGAACUGCAAUCCGAAAUUUUUGAAAGUUUUUGAAGCUGUUUUUUUGUUUUGUUUUUUUUUUUUUUUUGCAUUCGAAACAUUCUCCAUUUUCACUCGAUUAAUCAAAUUUGGCAUUAAUUUAAACUGUAUAGUGAAAACAGUGUUUUCCCUAUUUACGUUUAUUUGCUUUCAAACUCCCGAUAAAUCGAACUUUUCUGUAUUUCCGUUUGAAAUUACAGCCGCUGUAUGUCCAACUUGAUUUUUUUUGCUUCUGUUCAGGCUGUGAUGACUAAUAUUACUUGCUUCUUGUGAAAAUUCGUUCCUGCCACACAAACGACGCCUGUGGGGCAGGAACGCUUGACGAACCCCAUAGAACGUCUGCGUGAGAAGCUAAAAAGGGAGGCAGCUUAGAUUGUUAAAACUGUUCGACUAGUGCGAGGGGCAUGUAGAAUAAUGCGCGCGGCCCAUUUUUGCCUGUUCGGAGAACUCUCUCAAGUAGCAUUUUAUUGCACGAUGUCCAUACUGAGCUUGUAUACAUCAUGAGUGGUUUGAAGACUGCUUUAAAGAAAAUUAUUCUCUGAACUUUUUUUUCUUCAAGUGUGGGCCGAUGUGGCGUAAAAGGCCGAGUCGCUUGAAAAGCUUGUUGCAGAGUUCAUCGACAUGUACUUCACAAGUUAGGUCUUCAUUUAUGGUCAAGCCAAGAAGUUUAUGCCUUGACACUUGUUCAAUUUUUGUGAUAUAUCCGUUAUAAUUACAACUUCCAGCAUUCCCGUAUCUUUAUCAAUACCCCUCCCUAUACACUUUACCGUAACCAACAAAGCUUUCGUUUUUUGCGUAUUUAUAUAUGCAGGGGCACCCAACGGGAAAUUUUGAGAAAAAGACCAGAAAACAACAACAAAGCAUGAAUAAAGCUUUCUGAAGCCAUUUUAAGCAUUUUGGGAGAUUGCUGGGAAAAAAUCAUCUGUUCCUCACUCCCAGCAGGACUGAUAGAAGAGUUCCCAGCGAGCAAGGUGCUCCUACACUCUGCAACCUGACUUAUUGGGAAGUUUCCCAGCAGGCGUAUGUCCAAAAGUUACAAGCCAGUUUGGGUCUGAUUAUACGGCGAAUAAAUACUACAUAGCAGGUACUCCAGACAACAAAUUCCCUCCGACACCCUGCACUGUCUCUUUCCCAGCAACACUUUCCUUCCAAGGACGUAUCAUUUUUCCCAAAUGUCCCAGCCAGCAAAAAUUUGCAUGCAGAGCAGAUAUUAUGAGGAACAGAUCCAUCGGGUGCCCCUGUAUAUGGUUUGUUACCUCUAGCCCAUCUCUCCAUCUCUGCCAGAUCAUCAGAUAAUGAUGAGUACUGAAUAAACUGCUUUCUCUCAGACCAGUACGAUUUAAACCAAACAACGGAAGAGGGAUCGGCCCCAUAGAUAUAUAUUUUUUUUUUGGUAGAAGUUCAUGAUCAAUUACAUCAAAAGCUUUGCGAAACUAGUAUAAACAGAAGACCAGUCAUAUCGUCAUUGUCCAUGUUUGUUAAUAUCUGAUCGGUAAGUUUGAUUAGGGCUGUUUCUGUAGAAUGUCCCGAUGUCCCGACCUAAAAGCUGAUUGCAGCUCGUAUAACAAGUCAUAUUUCGCAAAAAUUUAAAAAGGGAGCUGGCUACUUGUUUUUCGAGAAUCUUCAGCUGAGAAGACGGGUAAAACAGAUACAACGUUAAACCUCACACUGAACAAACUGCAAUGUUAGCUCGCGGAGUAACAGGAAAAACAGUCGAGAACUCGAACUUACUUACAACUCGAGGUUAGUUUAAGUUUGUUUAAGAGGAUCCUUCUUCAAAGGUUACAGUGUCACAGGCUAACCAGCUCGCCAUUACCGACGUGAACGUAUUAAAAAGCAAUUAGUCCUCUAGUUUUAUUUUUCGUUUAUUUGUUUUUGUUCCUGCUGUUUGGUUGUUGCUGUUGUCGUUUUACUACAUGAGGCAGAAGAGAUAUAAAGAUCUAAAUAUGUUUUAUUUAUAUGGCGCUAAAACUAUAUACGGAUGCUAAGGCGCUGAUAAAAGCUGACAAACACUAACAGAUAACAAACAGUAUACUCAGUGAAAAUGAAAAUUAAACACCGCAAUCACUGUACAAGGAUUGGAUCAUAGGGCAUUAUGCCAAACGAAAUAAAAAUAGCCUUUAGAGCCUGCUUAAAACCCUGAACACUUCGGAUACUCCUGACAGCUGAAGGAAGAAUGCCCAUGCGUACUUUCCUUUCUCUUCUUGUAAUUCCAUCAACAAUUUGAAGCAACCGAAUAGAAUGUCACCCUGCCUGGCUCAAAGCCAUUCAUACAUAAUAGGCAAGUAGAAAGAUUUUUUCGGCUGAACCUGUCGAGAUCAACGUGUCGCAAGUCAGAUGGAUUAGCUAUGAUAAUAAUCAACCAACGUUGACGAGUGAAAUAGUUUGUUUUCUUUAUUUCACAGAUUAUGUGGCUUUGCCUCCAUCCCCUCCAGUUAAGGCUGGCACACCAUCCGAUCAAGACCUUCUCGAUGUUUCUAAUGAAUUUUCUAAUUCGUGGAAGUUGUUCUGUCGGGUAUUAAAACUGUCUGAAGCCAAGUUGGCACAGAUUGAGGAGAAAGAGCCGGAUCUUCCCAGCAAAUGUCACGGUAUAGUUACUGAUUUGCUUUCCUGAAGUAAAGCCUUAAUAAGCUCACAGACCAAAGCCAAUGCUUGGCUUUGGUCUGUGUAGAAAAGAAGAUUGCAAGAGAUAAAUUAGUGAGUAGGUUAAUGUCAAGAAGCCGUCAUUAAACCAAAUAAAUGAUGAUGAUGAUGAUGAUGAUUAGUGAUCACUGAAAAUGUUGAUGAUGAUGAUGAUGAUGAUGAGGAGGAGGAGGAGGAGAGCAAAGUGGAAAAUAAAAACAAAAACCUUCAGGUUUUCCUUUAACAAAUCCCCUAGUCUUUCAUAUAUUUUUGAGUAGACCAGGACCUCCUGAGUGAACCUAGAACACAUUUUAUCGCCGCAGCUGUGUUAAAAACGUGGAGAGAGCAGAGGGGAUCUGCAGCAACAUAUGAACUGUUGGCUCUGGCACUACGGCAUCCAGCUGUGGAGCACAGAGAUCUGGCUAAUAAACACUGCUUUAUGACGAAGAUUGCUUCUUAAG